AUGCGGAUAUUUCUGGAAAAUGGCCCGGUUACAUACGAGCAUGCAGACGAGGCGGCUGAGGACCUGAAGUCAAGGGGCUUCCCAGUGGAGUAUACCGCCAGGAGAAAGGCGACAUCACCAGCGGAAAGACUCGAGCAGGCUCUCCCAUGGAUCGUUGUCGACAAGCAGGAGAUCCGUGCCCAGCUGGUGGAUCAGCAGAAAUGCCUGGACCAGCAGACAGAGAUGAGGGUGCAGCUCCUCCAGGACCUGCAGGACUUCUUCAGGAAGAAGUCAGAGAUUGAGAUGGAGUACUCCAGGAACCUGGAGAAACUGGCAGAGAGGUUCAUGGCUAAGACUCGGAGCACCAAGGACCACCAGCAGUACAAGAAGGACCAGAACCUGCUGUCCCCGGUUAACUGCUGGUACCUGUUGCUGAACCAGGUGAGGAGGGAGAGCAAGGACCACGCCACCCUCAGUGACAUCUACCUGAACAACGUCAUCAUGCGCUUCAUGCAGAUCAGCGAGGACUCCACACGCCUGCUCAAGAAGAGUAAGGAGAUAACGUUUCAGCUUCAGGAAGACUUGAUGAAGGUCCUCAACGAGCUCUACACUGUGAUGAAGACUUACCACAUGUACCACACGGAGAGCAUUAGUGCAGAGAGCAAGCUGAAGGAGGCGGAGAAGCAGGAGGAGAAGCAGAUCGGCCGGGCCGAGCCUGUCUUCAGCUACCGCCUGGAAGACAAGCACCAGAGACGCAGCUCCGUCAAGAAGAUUGAGAAGAUGAAGGAAAAGCGCCAGGCCAAGUACUCGGAGAACAAGCUGAAGUCAAUCAAAGCACGGAACGAGUACCUGCUGACACUGGAGGCAACAAAUUCCUCCGUCUUCAAGUACUACAUCCACGACUUGUCUGACUUAAUUGACUGCUGUGAUCUGGGCUACCACGCCAGCCUGAACCGUGCCCUGCGGACCUACCUAUCGGCUGAGUACAACCUGGAGACAAGUCGCCACGAGGGCCUAGACAUCAUCGAGAACGCCGUGGACAGUCUGGACCCUCGCAGCGACCGCCAGCGCUUCAUGGAGUUGUACCCCACAGCCUUCUGCCCGCCCAUCAAGUUCCAGUUCCAGCCCCACAUGGGCGAUGAGGUGUGCCAGAUUGCGAUGCAGCCGCCGGUGAGCGGAGAGCUGAUGUUGAGGUUCCAGCAGCUACAGUCCCGCCUGGCCACUCUGAACAUCGAGAACGAGGAGAUCAAGAAGACGUCAGAGGCCACCCUGACGACCAUCCAGGACAUGGUGACCAUCGAGGACUAUGACGUCUCCGAGUGUUUCCACCACAGCCGCUCCACCGAGUCGGUGAAGUCCACCGUGUCGGAGACCUACCUCAGCAAGCCCAGUAUCGCCAAACGGAGGGCCAACCAGCAGGAGACAGAGCAGUUCUACUUCAUGAAAUUCCGGGAGUUUCUGGAGGGCAGCAAUCUCAUCUCCAAACUGCAGGCCAAGCACGACCUACUGAAGAGGACUCUGGGAGAAGGUCACCAAGGGGACUAUAUGACCACAAGGCCUCCCAAUGUGCCGCCCAAACCUCACAGUGGCACAAAUAGGAGGGCUAGGCCCCGCUCGGUCUUUAACGUUAAGUUGUUUAAUGGCAAUCUGGAGUCCUUUGUCAAGGACUCUGGACAAGCUAUUCCCCGUGUGGUGGAGAGCUGUGUUCGAUUCAUCAAUCUCUAUGGCCUUCAACAUCAAGGGAUAUUCCGUGUGUCCGGGUCUCAGAUGGAAAUCAAUGACAUCAAGAACUCAUUCGAGAGAGGUAACGACCCAUUGACAGAUGAAGAGAAUAACCACGACAUCAACUCGGUUGCCGGGGUUCUUAAACUCUACUUUCGGGGCCUGGAGAAAUCCCUCUUGCCCAAGGAAAGAUUUAAUGACCUCCUCUCCUGCGUCAGAAUAGAGAACCUGUAUGAAAGGUCCCUGUACAUCCGUAAGAUUCUCCUGACCGCCGUGCCCAGAUCCAUCCUCAUCGUGAUGCGCUACCUUUUUGCCUUUCUCAAUCACCUGUCCCAGUACAGCGAUGAGAACAUGAUGGACCCCUAUAACCUGGCCAUCUGCUUCGGCCCCACCCUCAUGCCCACACCCAACAUCGAGGAUCAGGUGUUGUGCCAGGCACACGUCAACGAGAUCAUCAAGACCAUCAUCAUCCACCACGAAACCAUCUUCCCCGACACCAAGGAGCUGGACGGGCCCGUCUACGAGAAAUGCAUGGCCGGGGAAGACUACUGUGAGAGUCCCUACAGUGAGCAUGGGGCCAUAGAGGAGGUGGACAAUGAGGGAGGCACUGAGACGCAUACCAGCGAGGACGAGGGCGAGCCCAUCGAAGCAAUUGCCAAGUUUGACUACGUGGGGCGUUCUGCCCGAGAGCUGUGCUUCAAGAAGGGCGCCUCCCUGCUGCUGUACCAGCGGGCAUCGGACGACUGGUGGGAGGGACGGCACAACGGAAUUGACGGCCUGGUACCUCACCAGUACAUCGUGGUGCAGGACAUGGAUGAUAAUUUCUCAGACACACUUAGUCAGAAGGCUGACAGUGAGGCCAGCAGCGGCCAUGGAGCUGAGGACAAGUGUUCAGGAAAAGACAUGAGCUCUCCUACUGACACCAGGAUCACUGACGCCUACAUUGGCAGGCAUAAGAAUAGGACGGAGCCCCCUUCCCGCCGCCCCCCGGCGCGCCCCAAUGAUGUCAACUGUAUGGUGCACCCCUCCCAGCAGACCCAAGGGGGCCAGGCUCACACGCCUGAGAUGGGCUCCCCGGUUCUGGGUCACUCCUUCAGCCCCCGGGACCUGCUGCGGAGCCGCAACCACGGACAGCUUCCCAUGGACAGCCCCGAGCACCGGCGCCGAACAGGCCACGGCAGCCUGACCAACAUCAGCCGCCACGAGUCACUGAAAAAGAUGGAGAGCCCGCCCAUUCGACGCUCCACAAGCUCGGGCCAGUACACGGCCGUGUUCCAGGACCCCCACCCGCGCGGUGGUGGCAAGCCCCUGGAUCCGGAGACCAUUGCACAGGACAUAGAGGAGACGAUGAACACGGCGCUGAACGAGCUGCGUGAGCUGGAGAGGCAGAGUUCGGCCAAGCACGCUCCCGAUGUUGUGUUGGACACACUGGAGCAGAGGCAGUCGACCGGGGGUCCCACCCCAGCCAGCUCCAGCGAGUCCCUCAGCCCCCUCCACAACAUCCUUCUGAGGGCUCAGACCGGCGAGGCCAGGGGACCUCCGAUGUGCCGCAGCACCAGCUCUUCCAGCGACACCAUGAGCACCUUCAAGCCGGUAGUGGUACCCCGUAUGGGGGUGCAGCUUAAGCCGCCUGCCCUGAGGCCCAAGCCCCUGGUGCUGCCCAAGACGGGCCCGGCUCACCCUCCCCCUGUACACCCUCCCCAAGACCCCCUAGACAAGUCGUGCACCAUGUGAACUUUGAACUCUGGGAUGGGAACAUGGACCAACAGGAAACUGGGAGAGUGUCUCUGACUACAUAUAGUAGCAACAUGUUAUCAUUGUCUAUAGAUAAUAAUAAUAGUAACAAUAUUGUGUAAGACAGUAUAAGAACAGUCCAUUGCCUGGACAUAGUUGUAGUUGUUUGCUUUGUGAGAAAGAUGUGUUUUCUUGUGUCGAGAAGUUAACCAGUGUCCAGUAAGUUAACCACAUUUAUUAACAAUGAAAACAGGAACAUUCUCAGGUCUGCUAGACAGACUGAACUACCACAAAGAAAGGGGCAUGUUUCAGUGUGACUAACUAUUUAACAGACAAAAAAUUGUCAAGAUCCAUAUGGAAAAUACUGUAGAAUCUGCUGAAAUGCCUAGCAUCGCUAGAUAAGUCAACUUUUUCUCCUUGAUCAUUACUGUAUACAGAACAACAAAUCACAAGGCCUCCUUUGAGUUUAGAGAAACGACUCUGGUAGUUUACAAAAACUAGAGAACUACAAAAGAAUGAACGCUAAAGAAACAAAGUAGUGCACGUUGCAAUUCUGUUUUGCUUACUACUCAGCCAGGGGAACUAUGGGAAAUGUAGUCCGUGUCAGCUGAACCUGACUAUGGUUUGCUUCUCACUUAGAUGGACAACGCUUAGAUUUAGAGUACUGAUCGUAAGGCUUUACUGCCACUCAGAAAUAUAAGCUGUCAAUUGUGAAAGUUCAAACCACCAUUUGAAAGCUGUUGGAAGUUUGGAUGUAGCUAAUGUUUAUAGCUGAGACUGAAGCAGGGAGGGCAAGAGUUCAGAUAUGUGUGUGAUCAUAAGGAUGCACUCUCACAUAAAGUUUUGGCCAAAUAUAUUAGCACCCUUGCACUUUUCUUAAAUAA